UACUUUCUUUGUUUUCCUUUUUCUUUUCUUUUAUUUUUAUUCUCUCUCUCUCUUUCUCUCUCUCUCCCCCCUGGCUAUGCCCUUUCUUUUUUCAUCUCUGCCUCCGUCUCUGUUCACCUUCUUACCCUUCUCACCUAUGAAUCCUCUCAUCACACCCUCCUCCUACCAAAACCCUGCAUACAAACAACAACCAUACUCAAUCACCCUUUUAUUUUCUUCAACCAUCUUUUAAACCUUCUUCUUCUUCUUCUUCUUCUUUCUCAAUACAGACUCCAUGCUCUCUUUUCUUCUACCCUUUUGAGUUUUGAGAUGCACACCUAAACCAACCCAAACCCAAACGAAACACACACACACACACCCAGGAGAAUAAGGAACAUAGGUUGUUUUAUGUGCUCUUGAAAAAUGCGAGAGGCUCUCCCGUCUGAUGACACCAACCAAAUCCUCUCUUCUACCAACAAGAAGAAGAAACCCGAUGAUGAUAAGCUUGACAAAGAUUCACAAAAACCCAUCUCUCAGAUGCACAUGCUUGCUGUUCCUCCUCUUCUCCUUGUAAAUCGUACUCGAUCCCAAGCUAGUUCGCGAAGGGUCACACCCACUACCUUAACAACCACUCCUUCCCUGGCUACCCCGCUUUCCCUCGACUCUCUUUCCCCCGACGCUACUGGAAUUGCCGUGCCCACGCCUGUUGAGAAGCACCUUCCUAAUGGGGAUCUGUACAUUGGGAGUUGCUUGGGGAGUGUGCCUCAUGGAUCGGGUAAGUAUUUGUGGACCGAUGGUUGCAUGUAUGAGGGUGAGUGGAAGAGGGGUAAGGCCUCGGGGAAAGGGAAAUUUUCUUGGCCUUCUGGAGCCACGUAUGAAGGCGAAUUCAAGUCGGGUCGGAUGGAAGGGACUGGCACUUUUAUUGGAUCCGACGGCGACACCUAUCGUGGCUCGUGGAGUGCAGAUCGCAAACACGGUUUCGGCCAGAAACGAUACGCCAACGGCGAUUUCUACGACGGAACCUGGAAGCGGAACGUACAAGACGGAAAUGGCCGUUACGUUUGGAAGAAUGGGAACGAGUAUGUGGGUGAGUGGAAGAACGGGUUGAUGUCCGGUCAGGGGGCUUUUAUUUGGGCCAACGGGAAUCGGUACGAAGGUCAAUGGGAGAACGGAGUCCCAAAAGGGAAUGGGGUUUUCAGUCUUCUUGACGGCAGUAGCCAUACCAGUGAAUGGAAUAAGGAAAUGAAAAUCCAGCAAUACAACGGAAGUUUUGAUUCCCUAGAUGUGAAAGAAAAAAUCCAACCCAAUGGGGUUGUUGAGACUGAGAAUCUGACCCCAACAUUCAGAAAAAGAUCCUCGGUGGACGCUUCUAGAGGCAGCUUGACGGAGAGGAAUUUUCCGCGGAUUUGCAUUUGGGAAUCAGAUGGGGAAGCCGGCGACAUUACUUGUGAUAUACUCGAUAAUGUGGAGGCUUCGAUGUUGUAUCGAGAUGGAUUUAGACAGUUCAAACGAACUCCUUGUUGUUUAACCAAUGAUACGAAGAAACCAGGGCAGACGAUUUCCAAGGGCCAUAAGAACUACGAACUCAUGCUCAAUCUCCAACAGGGUAUAAGAUUUUUCUUUAGGUAUUCUAUUGGGAAGCACGCUUCAAUUCUUCGGAACCUUAAGCCGAGUGAUUUCGAUCCUAAGGAAAAGUUUUGGACGAGAUUUCCACCGGAAGGAUCGAAAAUUACGCCCCCUCAUCAAUCUGUAGAGUUUCGAUGGAAAGAUUACUGUCCCUUGGUUUUCAGACAUCUGAGGGACUUGUUUCGGGUUGAUCCUGCUGAUUACAUGCUAGCUAUUUGUGGAAAUGACACCCUUAGAGAGCUAUCUUCUCCUGGAAAGAGUGGAAGUUCCUUCUACUUAACCCAGGAUGAUAGAUUUAUGAUAAAGACGGUGAAGAAAUCCGAAGUGAAGGUUCUCAUAAGGAUGUUGCCAAGUUAUUAUGAUCAUGUAUGUCGUUACGAGAAUUCUCUCGUGACCAAAUUCUUUGGCGUGCAUUGUGUGAAACCAAUUGGUGGCCAAAAGACACGGUUUAUUGUGAUGGGCAAUUUGUUCUGCUCCGAAUACCGAAUUCAUCGACGUUUUGAUCUAAAGGGAUCCUCCCAUGGCCGAACGACAGAUAAGCCUGCGGGAGAAAUUGAUGAAACCACUACACUGAAGGAUCUUGAUCUUAAUUUUGUGUUCCGCCUUCAGCAAAGUUGGUUUGAGGAAUUUAUCAAACAAAUUAAUCGAGACUGUGAGUUCUUGGAAGCUGAAAGAAUCAUGGAUUACAGUCUUCUGGUUGGUCUUCAUUUCCGCGACGAAACUAGAUAUGACAAAAUGGGCUUAUCACCAUUUCUACUGCGAUCUGGUUAUAAGGAUUCUUAUCAGAAUGAAAAGUUUAUGCGUGGUUGUCGCUUUCUUGAAGCAGAGCUGCAGGACAUGGAUCGAGUUUUAGCUGGCCAGAAACCUUUAAUUAGGUUAGGAGCCAAUAUGCCAGCAAGAGCCGAGCGAAUGGCAAGAAGGAGCGACUUUGAUCAGUAUACCCCUGGCGGGACAAGCCAUUUGAUCCCUUCAAGGAGUGGCGAAAUCUAUGAAGUUGUCCUAUAUUUUGGGAUCAUCGACAUCUUACAGGACUACGACAUCAGCAAGAAACUGGAGCAUGCAUACAAAUCCUUACAAGUCGAUCCAACCUCAAUAUCAGCGGUUGACCCAAAGCUCUAUUCAAAAAGAUUCCGCGACUUCGUAGGAAGAAUUUUCAUCGAGGACAGGUGAAAAAGCAGAGAAAGAUAGGUGACGAGUAAACAAUCCAAUGGACAAAAAGAUUUUCCAACCGAAUCUUCAAUCAACCAGAAGACUUAAAGAGUUGGGUUGCGGGGAUGCGAACUACAACUGCUCCAGGUUCGUGUGAAAGACUUGCAUGGAGUAAGGAGGCUAGGAGGCUGAAAUUCAGAUUAGAAGUUGUGAAAAAAGGUUGACAUUCAUUGGCACAUGCAAGUGUUUUAUGGCUGAUUUUGCAGAGCAGCCAAAGUCUAGAGGGGAGUAGGGGGAGAGAGGGGGUAAAGUCUUUUAUUAUUAUAUAUAUGUACAUUCUUCAAUGCAAGAAAGAGGGAGAUUUGGUAUUGAAAGGGUUCUUCCCUCACAUUGCCUUGGUUUUCAUGGGGUGAUUUUUAUUUUUACUUUUUUUAACCUUGGAAGAUGAGAGAUUUGGGUGAUAAGGUAUAUAUAGGUUAGUGGAGAAAAAAAAGGGUUGGAAUUGGAAUAAGAGAAGUGUACAGGAUUACGUCUAUGAAUUUAUUAUUUUUUUGAUAUAAUUUGAAAAAGAGUUCUUCAA